GCACCUAAGGAGGGGAAGGUAUAAAGAAACACGAGGAAGAUAUUAACUAAUGGACAUCAUUUUAGUAAAAUAUAAAGCUCAUAUAUUCUCUGUUUUAGUUUAAUUUAAUCCCCAAAUUUUAGCAAAACUAAAUAUUUUAAAUGACACUUUCUCUUACAUGAUUCUUUGCAGAGAUAUGCCGCGGGAAGAGAAGGAAGAAGAGCAGAAAGAGGUCCAGAAAGAACGCCGAAGCUGCAGCUGGUGUGAAAAAGCUGGGAACAGGACGACCACAAAACUUUCAAUUGUGACUACCUACCACGAAUCGGAGAAAAUGCCACCGGAAGAGUAUACGAACCCUAAGGAGGCGCCGGCUCGGAGGACGGAACUGAUGAGAAUUUACUUUGACACCAAUGACCCAGAGGAGAGGAGGGAUGCCAUGAACAAAGUGGUCGCCCAAAGGAUCAUCAAGAAAGUUCCUUCAAUAUGUCCUGAGGAAAUGCGCCACAGGAUUCCUGCCCGAGCAAGUGAGCUGGAGGCGGAAGACUUCCAGGAUCUGGAGAAUCGGUGUGACUGGAGCACCAAUUUCAGAGAAGAGGACAAAGAAAUGCAGAAAGAAUCGGAGAAAAGGAAAGUGGAGGAAGAAGUGGAGGGAAAGAAAAAGGAGGAACGGAAGGUUAAUGCGAUGAGGGAUAGAAUACAGAGGAUAAAACUGUAUACAAAGAUGACAAACACCGAGGACCCAGAGGAGAAGAGGAAACUAAUGCAGCAAGUGAUCACCCACAGGAUCAUCAACAAAAUUGGCGUCCCCUGCAGUGAACACAGACGCAAUUCGAUUCCUCGCAGAAGUAGGUUGCGGGAAGGGGAGGCAGAACAGCUGAUAAAGCAUCGGAGAGACAUCCGUUAUCGGGAAUAUUUGGAAAGAAUUUGGAAAAUCCAUCCCACACCAAUCACCCCGGAACCGGAGGAAGUAGCCCAGCAGAAAGAGACAGAGGAAAAGGAAAUGGAAAAGAAGACGCUGGAGAUGGAGGAGGAAAUGAAAGUGAAGGAGAAGACAAACACCCUCACUAAAGAGGAGAAAAGGAAAGUGGAGGAAGAAGUGAAGGAAAAGAAAAAGAAUAAACGGAAGGUUAAAGCGAUGAGGGAUAGAAUACAGAGGAUGAAACUGUAUAAAAAGAUGACAGACACCGAGGACCCAGAGGAGAAGAGGAAACUAAUGCAGCAAGUGAUCGCCCACAGGAUCAUCAACAAAAUUGGCGUCCCCUGCGCUGGACAAAGACGAAAAUCAAAUUUGGAGCAGGAAGAGGAGGAAGAAGAGGAGACCGUGAUCCGGAGAGACGUCCGUAUGUGGAACUAUAUGGAAAAAACUUGGAACAUCCAGACCACAACAAUCGCCCUGGAACCGGAGCAAAUAGCCCAGCGGAAAAAGGCAAGGGCAGAGGAAAAAAUGGAGAGGGAGAAAUUGAAUUGCCUCACUGAAGAGGAGAGAAGGAAAGUGAAGGAAGAAGCGGAGGCAAAGAGACUCCAUAAAGAGAAGGUUGAUGCGCUGUGGGAUAGAAUGAUGAAGAUGACACUGCGUACAAAUACGAAAAGCACAGAGGACACAGAGGAGAAGAGACAACAAUGGCGGGAAAUGGUCGCCAAAAGGACGGUCAAACAAAUUUGCAUCAGCUUCGAUAGAGAUGGAAUACGUUUCAUAGUGGUGGAGGAAGAGAAGAAAGAAGAACCAGAAGUGCAGAAGGAGGAGAAGCCAGAGAUGGAAGUGAAAGUGAAAAAGCAGAAGGAAAAGGUGGAGAGGAUAAACACUUUCACUGAAGAGUACAGCACUCCGAAGAAAGAACUGAAAGAAAGGAGAAAGAUGGAAAGAAAGAUUGCAAUGAUGAGCAAUGAAAGGCAAAGGAUGCAAAUGAUAAGAACAAUGGCAAGGGUGGAGGACCCAGAAGAGAGGAGGAAACUAAUGCAGCAAGUGAUCGCCCACAGGAUCAUCAACAAAAUUAGCGUCCCCCGCACUGGACAAAGACGCAAUUGGAUUCUUUGCAGAGAUAUGCCGCGGGAAGAGGAGGAAUAAGAGCAGAAAGAGGCUGCAGCACGACCACAACAAUUCCAUCACGGAUGUAAAGAAGAGCAGAAGAAGGAGCCGGAGGACAUGAAGGGGAAAAAGGAGAUGCUGCUGCAAGAUACUAAUGUAUAUGUAGCGAAACAUAUUGGGCGGAGUCUCAAUUUGUGACGUCAGUUAAAAAAAACUGUAAAAAAACAGCACAAAUAGCAUCUUUUGGGGGAAAGAUGCUAUGUGUAGCAAAAUGCAUGUGCUGUUUUUACUGCUUUUUUAACUGUUGUUACAAACUUAGACUCCGCCAUAUGCUUUUCUCUACAAAUAGCAUCUUCAGGGGGGAAAAUGGUGUAUGUAGCGAAACAUACA